CCGUCGCCGCUCUUCGGAUACCACGCGCGUUCGUUCUCUCAGUUUGUAUUCAGUAUCCACCUCGUGUCGGUGGAUACGUUCGGUUCUUUAAAUUAAAUAUCAACGAGCAUUUGUUUGAUAAAACGUGAAAACCCGUCCAGUCGUAGAAGCACGUUGCCAAAGUAUCAGAGGUUAGGUGGAGACCGAACCGACGACAAGUAGUGCCAAUUGUGCCGUUUGUUGACAGUGUUACCGAAACGAGGACCAAACAAUAUGCUGCCGCUAAAAUUUGUCAGUCUACUGGUGAUACUCCUUGCCGCGCAUGCUUUGUGCAAACCGGCAAAGAGUUCCGAUGAUAUGGAGUACAGUGACGAUCAACAGACCGACGACUACAACGAUGACGACGCCGACGACGAUGAUGGCGAUACUGGUGCUUCUGAUGAACCGCCUCAAAUCAUGUCCAAGUCGGACAGUAUACACGUUAGGAAUGGAAGUACCAUUUGGUUGAAUUGUCUUCUGAAGAAUGCAGAUAACUUUGCGGUCACGUGGAAGAAAGGCGACGAAAUUUUGUAUUACGAUUCCAACCCUAUGACCAAGGACAUAGAUAGGAUCAUUCGACUACCAAACAACACGUUGGUGAUCUACAAUGCCACUACCAACGAUACUUCGAACGAUUACGAAUGUAGUAUUCUGGUUAAACCACCUGUCGCGAUCAAACAUCGAGUACUGGUAGAUUCUGGAAGAUAUCCGGUACCACCACCACCACCACCAUCACCACCAGUCCAGCCUCACAGACCUCUGAUACGUGUCACCCCUGGCAGGAAGGUGGAAGUUAACGCCGGUGAAAACGUAACCCUCGGCUGUGAAACUAGAAUACAACCUACGCCUGUAAUUAAAUGGUACCACGAGAACAAGAGGGUCCGUAGUAACGUAAUAAUCGAUGGCAAUCACAUCAUUAUCACGAAGAUUACCAGACACGACGGUGGAUGUUAUCAAUGUCUGGUGGAGAACGGCUCGAAGAAACCACCUCUGGAGGCCAUUAAUGUUACUGUUAACUACGCGCCCGAAAUAGAGACAAAGGGGAAAUGGGUGCAUACCGGGCUCGGUGUUGAAUCCCGGUUAACGUGCAACGUCCACGCUCAUCCGCACGCUAAAGUAACGUGGUUCAAGGAUCAAGAGCAGGUGAUACCGAAGAAAGGCAGUAUAGAGAUCAAAGGGGAAAAAACUCGGCACGUACUGGAAAUUAUACAUACGGAGAAGGAGGACUUCGGCGAUUACACAUGCGUGGCGGAAAACCAAAUGGGACGAGCGGAGAAGACUAUUUCCCUCACUGGUCUUCCAUCUCAAGCAAUCAUUUCUGGGGGUGAGAUGACAAAGACUGCUUCGGGAUUGAUUCUAAAAUGGCAGUUGGAAAGUUAUUCCCCAAUUACCGAAUACAAAUUGGAGUAUCAUCGUGUGGGUGACGACAGUUGGACUGUUGCCAAACCUACAGUGACAAACGGUAAAGGGAAUCAAUUCACUGUUGAACAUACCAUCGUAGGACUUCAGCCUGGAUCGUACGAAGCGAUUGUUAGGGCUAGAAACGAUUUCGGAUGGUCCCAACCGUCGAAACCCCAUGUAUUCACAGGAGAAUACGAAGAUGAACAGGCAGAACAUGUGAAAGGACAGUCAUCAACUGCAUCUCAGUUUGCGAUAAAUAUUGCAACGUUAUUCCUAGUCGUCUCGUCCUGUGCCUUCACAAGUCUGUAAUUUACUGAACUUCUUAAACUAUGUAGGUUUUUGUUUAUAGGUAAUUUGCUACAGCCAAAGCGUACACCAGCGGAAGCCAUGGUGGGUUUAGUGAAAGAUGAAUAUCUAGGAGAACUAUGCAUUGCUGGUGUAAUAUAUUUUUUUAAAUAAUGUAUUAGUUGUAAUUGUUUUAGUUGCGUGGUAAGUAGCCCACGUAUUUCAUCGAACACAAGAUGACUAUACUAAGCUCGUACAUUUGCUUCUUUCAUUCAAGUAAAAUUUGGUAAUGAUACAAAACAGAAAAUCACAUUACCAUUUAUGUAUAUAUUGAGUAACAAACACAUGUUUUCAUUUUUAGUAGAAAUUUUUUAAAAAUUAAUUAUUCUGCUGAUUGUUCGAUAAUUCUCCUAGAUGUUCUAAUAUGUAUUAUUGAAAAAAAAAAUAGCAUUUUAAUUGUGCUCUAAAUCAGGAGUAACUAUAAGGGAUACUGUACUUUAAAAUAUAUUUAUAUAUCUAUAUAUAUUAUAUACAUACGUAUACAUAAUAUAGUAUUCAAUGUAUAUGUAAUAAGUUCAGAGAUACAUGAUUAUUAUUAUAAUUUAUUUUUGUAUGCUUAAGAUUAUUAGAUCCGUGUUCUAUAAAGUUGCUUAGUGCCAUGUACGCAAAUUUAUUUUCUCACGAUCGUGUACAAAGUAAAAACGGCACUGAUGAACGGUCCUUUGUAUGCAAAUGAAGGACAUGUAGGUACCUAAUGUGUAAUAGUAAAGAAAUAAUGUUACUAAGGCUCGCCGUUACGGUUUAUGUAGCAAAUCAAUUAAAAUGCGUGGAUCGGAAGCAAAUAUAUUGUACAAUGAUAUGAGAAUUGUUUUGUUUUUUGCAUGUAGGGUAUAUAUGCUUUCGAUCCGUAUGACUACAAUAUUUUCAUUUGAGUUCAGUGUAGAAUGUUGUGCGUGGAAACGAGUGCCUGUUGAAGAGUGCAAGAAUGAUAAUAUCGUUUUCCAAAAUAGCUUGGUAGCUUUAGUACAGACAUGUCGUUACACAAUCAUUUAUAAAGAAUCGUUACAAUCAAUAGAUUUACAAAUAAACAUGUACAAAAAGAAAAAGCCGUCGAUCACAAGAAAUAUGGUUGCGCAGUUCUGUAAACGUUAAUUAUAGAAAGUUCAGUCACGCUUACUCCGAUGCUCUGUACAUGAUACCUUUACUUUUGUAUAGCGUCCGUUGCAUUUAUUCACAUAACAAUAAAUCUGUUGCAUAAUUUUA